AUGAACAAAACAAUUCAACUGAGGCAUCCUCUUCUGGUUGACUGCAUUAUGGAGAAGCUGUCAAGUCCUCAAAAGUUAAAAUUACCUCAAAUCAUUAGUUUGCCAGCGUCAAGUUUGGUGAAAGUAAAAAGCGGCUCAAGAAGUUUUCUUUGUCGGAUUUACUACUUAAAUCAAGUUUAUGACGAAAAGAAAAUUGCUUUUAUUGAUGACUCAGUAGAGUUGCUAGCAGAUAAAUCAAGUCAUAGUGAUGAAAUAAAAUAUAUCCAAGAAAUUGAACUCGUUUCAAGUCCAAUGAAAUUGUUCAAGGAAAUUCAAAUAAAUUUGCAUUUAAACAUAAACGAUCUCAACUUAGAUGUGAUAAAACAAGCUGACGAUUUAGAAAAGUUAGUUGUUUCCAUUGUGAAGUAUUAUACAUUCUGUAUGAACUGUGAAAUGCGCUGCAAUCGGAAUGGAAUUUCAAAAGUUUUUAUAACAAAAACAAACUCAGACGGGUAUGGAACGAUAGAAAACGAUGGAAAAGUUGUUAUCGAAAAAGUUUACGUUGAUUCAAACUCAUUGAUUCGAAGAAAUCCAUUGGGUGGAUUAAGUGAAGCUGAGACUGCUUUAGCAGAUUUAUUUCAAACUAAUAUAAAGUUUAUACAAAAGCCAGAAACUUUCAAUUACAAACCACAUCGGCAAAUCCUUAUUACUGGUCCCGUUGGAUCAGGAAAAACCACGCUCGUCCACAAUAUUGCAAAGCAAUUUAAUUGUAUUUUAUUUGAAAUCAGUGGCGAUAUUUUCCAACCAUUUCCAGGCGAAACUGAAGAGAAUCUUGAAAGAACAUUUGAAAGAAUCAAAACUGUGAGUCGAUUUGUUGGAAGAAAUCAAUUAACUGUCGUGCUUAUCGAGAACUUGGAAAUAUUUUGUCCAAAAUUCAAUGCAAAAAUGAAGGAAAAUUCUCAUUCAUCACGAAUUUCGUCAUUGCUUCUCUCGAUAUUGGAUGAAAUUAGUGAAAGUUUUCUUCCCAUCUUAGUCAUUGGUACAACUUCAAAGCUUGAACUUCUCAACAGUGCCGUAAGGAGAUGCAACCGAAUGGGAAGUUCUGAAAUUAUCUUAGACAUGCCGAACGAAUCUCAACGUUUUGAAAUCUUGAAAAUUUUCUGUCAAGAAUUCGGAGAAACGUCAGAUGAACUUUUAAGUUUUGUCGCUCAAAGCACCCCAGGAUUUGUUGGGGCUGAUCUCGAAGUGCUUUGUCAGUUUGUAAGACGACGAUUGAUGACAGAAAAUCUUGAGAAGAGUGCAGGAAAUUGUCUCGUCUCUUUCGAAUUAGGAUUAAAAGCAGUCAAUCCAAGUGUAAUGCGUGAAAAUCUCGGUUUCGUGACAAGAUCUACAACACUCACUCUUGAUUCAAUUGGCGGCUUAAAAGAUUUGAAGAAAACACUUCAGACAUCCGUCCUUGGGCCUUUAAAGCAUUCUGAAAGGUUUCAAAAUCUCGGAUUACGAUCUCCAAGUGGAAUUCUUUUCUACGGACCGAGCGGAUGUGCGAAGACAACAAUCGUCAAGUGCCUCGCGGGUGAAUCAAAAAUUACUUUGAUUUCGGUCUCUUCAGCCGAAAUUUAUUCGCCUUAUGUUGGCGAAGCAGAAAAAUUCAUCGUAAAACUCUUCAAUCAAGCUCGUAUGAAUGCACCGACGAUUUUAUUCUUCGAUGAAAUUGACACGAUUGUUGGUAAUCGAAGCAUGAAUGGUGGCGGUGGAAAUGACUCUCAUAUGAGAAUCUUGUCGACACUUCUGACUGAAAUUGAUGGCUUUGGAAGGAACGAUAGAAAAACUGUGUUGAUUGUAGGAGCAACGAAUAAGCCGCAAAUGAUUGAUGAUGCAUUGAUGCGACCAGGACGCUUCGAUAAACUCAUUCACGUUCCAGCACCUGAUAUCGAAUCAAGAUUAAGCAUUUUAAAGUUCAUAGCAAAAGAUAUGCCAAUAGCAGCAGAUGUGGACAUGAACAUGUUGGCAGAGAAAACAGAAAACUUCUCUGGUGCUGACCUUGUUAAUCUUUGCAACGAAGCAGCUUUGAAUGCUGCAACAAAAGACCUUCAAAAUGAUGUCAUUUCUAUCGGAGAUUUCCAAGACGUGUUUGCUUAUCUUCGACCAUCAUUGAGUGCAAAACAAAUAGAAUUUUAUGCAAAUUUCGAAAGCUUUCAUCGCAGUCAAGCUUAAAGGGCAAAAAACUUAUUCUGAAGAAUCUUUUUUAUAAAAAAAACAUUAAAAUGGCACAUUUUCUAACAGAAACAAUUAAAAAGAAUUAAAAACACUUGACAAUGUUCAUUGAGUAACUUUUAAUAUAAUUAAAGGUUUCCAGAUAAGACUUUUUUCACAUUAAUUUUGCACUUCUGAAGUCAAAGCUGAUAAGAAUUUCUCGUCAUUGUGCUUAGUUCAAGUGCAAUUUCAUAUUGUGUGAAAAUGUGUUCAGGGAUAAGAAUUAAAACUUUUUUCUUUGAAUAUUAAAAGACUUAAAUAAGCAAUAAAGGAAAGUUGCAAA